AUGGAGCUCACCAAAUUCCUCGCUGCUCUUGCAGUCUUCCUGCCCAUCGUCUAUGGUGCCCCUACCGCCGCCGCCAACGACCUCCACCCCGAGAUCCUGGCUGCCAUGAAGCGCGACUUGGGCCUUGAUGCCGACGCUGCUCGUGUCCGCGUUGCCCGCGAGAUCCAGGCCACCGAGGUCAUUGACCAGCUCCGCGCAAAGGCUGGCAGCGCCUUCGGUGGUGCCUGGCUCGUCGACGGCGAGAUCAACGUCGCCGUCACUGACGAGGCCUUGACCUCCGAGGUCACUGCUGCUGGUGCCACCGCCUUGGUCGUUGACACUCCCCUCGAGAAGCUCCAGGAGGCCCAGAAGGCCAUUGACGCCCUCAACGUCCCAUCCACCAAGCGUGCUGAGGAGGCUGCCAACGGAAUCGCCUCUUACUAUGUUGACGUUGCCGCCAACAAGCUCGUCUUCGAGGCCAUCGCCAGCGGUACCGCUAAGGCUGAGGAGCUCGCCAAGAAGGUUGGCCUGACUGAGGCUGACUACGAGGUCCGCACCGUUGAGGAACUCCCCACUACCUUCGCCACUCUCCGUGGUGGUGAUGCCUACUACAUUUCCGGCGGCCGAUGCUCCGUCGGUUUCUCCGUCACCACUGGUUUCGUCUCUGCCGGCCACUGUGGUCGUGCUGGAAAUGCCGCCACCACCAGCAGUGGUGCUAAUGUAGGAACCUUCUCUGGCUCCGUCUUCCCCGGAAGCGGUGACUACUCUUUCAUCCGCGCUAGCAGCGGAAACACCUACCAGGGCAGGAUCAACAACUACAACGGUGGUACUCUCCCUGUCUCUGGCAGCACCGCCUCCGCUGUCGGUGCCAGCAUCUGCCGCUCCGGCUCCACCACUGGUGUCUUCUGCGGUACCGUCCGCUCCCUUGGCGCCACCGUCAACUACUCCCAGGGCAGUGUCACUGGUCUCACCCAGACCAACGUCUGCGCUGAGCCCGGUGACUCUGGCGGCUCUUUCUACUCUGGUGCUCAGGCCCAGGGUGUCACCUCCGGCGGAUCUGGUGACUGCUCCCGUGGCGGAACCACCUACUUCCAGCCCGUCAACGAGAUCCUCUCCGCCUACAGCCUUACCCUUGUCCGUGGUUAA